CAAGUUGCCCAUGCGACUCCACAAAAUUCACGACACGCCCCCUUUCUUUCGGGUUCACUCGCUUGCUCGGAGUGAUCUCUACUUCCACAAUCGUCCCUGUCGCGCGAAUCGGAUCUGGAAAUGGAGGGUAAUCCUGAGCUCGUCGGGGUAGAUCUCUGCUGCGGAGAGGCCAAGGGCGGUUCUCCGGCCGCCGAACUUCUUUCCGAGGGUUCUGGCGCCGGUAACCAUGACAACGAUGACAGGACGCGGGAGGGGAGGGCUGGGAAUAUGGGGAAGCCGGAUCCUGGAGUGUCUCAGUUUGCAGGAGCAAUAGGAGCGAGGUACAAGUCGAUGCCUCCGGCUCGGCUCCCGAUCGCUCGUUCUCCGUGCCUUACGAUCCCCCCCGGAUUUAGUCCCUCCGCCCUGCUCGAAUCCCCUGUUUUCCUCACCGACAUGAAGGCUGAACCUUCUCCAACUACUGGAACGCUCAAUAUGCCCUCUAUUGUUGGUAAAACUGUUACUUCAGGCAUGUCAGCCUCUACUGUAGGUAUUUUGAAUCUCAGUUCCGGUGAUGAAGGGAAUGCUGGAGAUUCUGAGUUUAGAUCCCAUGCCAAAGUAUCUUAUAGUCCUGGCUUAUCCUCUUUGCGGCCUUUGAUUUCUAGUCAACCUCUAGGUCAGGCCAGUGUCCUCUCCAAAAAAGAAUUGGUUUCAGCUCCAACUUCAUCUGUUGAAGGAUCCAAAUUAUCAUCUUUCCCUAUAGCUAAAACUGAUUUCAGUGAGGUAAAACUGACAAAAUGUUCAGAGCAAAGUGCAGAGAUGUUACAGUCAGAUAGCAAUGAACCUAUACUUGAAAAAUCUGCAGAAGAUGGUUAUAACUGGAGGAAGUAUGGGCAGAAACAUGUUAAAGGUAGUGAAUAUCCUCGGAGCUAUUACAAAUGCACCCAUCCUAAUUGCCAGAUGAAGAAACAGAUAGAACGUUCCCAUGAUGGACAAAUUACUGAAGUAAUUUAUAAAGGUCAACAUGAUCAUCCUAGACCUCAGACUAAUCGCCGUACCUCAACUACUACUAUUAUGUCCAACCAAGAUGAAGAAAACUCCACUAACUUUUCUUCUUUGAUGAGAGCCGAAGACAAGUCAGAAAAUGUGCCUUGCCACUUUGUGCAACCAAUUGAUCCGAACAAUGAUACUGAGAUGUCUCCAGUCUUGAUCAGUGAAGUUGAUGCUGCAAAUGGCAGUGGGCAAUCUAAUAAUUGCGAUGAGAUAGUUGGAGAUGAUGAUCCCGAGUACAAGCGCAGGAAAAUGGAAAUUGCUAAUGCUGAUGCUGCUUUAAUUGGCAAAGUGAACCAUGAGCCACGUGUUGUAGUACAAACUAUAAGUGAAGUUGAUAUCCUGGAUGAUGGAUAUCGAUGGCGGAAGUAUGGGCAGAAAGUAGUUAAGGGGAAUCCUAAUCCAAGGAGCUACUACAAGUGUACAAAUGCUGGUUGCCCUGUCAGGAAACAUGUUGAGAGGGCAUCACAUGAUCCAAAGGCAGUAAUCACGACCUACGAAGGAAAGCACAAUCAUGAUGUACCUGCUGCAAGGACAACUGGCCAUGAGUCUUCCGUAUCAACUGUCACAAAUGAUGAAAGUUCUGCAGGUGCCCACAGCAGGACAGCAGCUCUGCCCAUGCCUGGCAUGAUAAGGAACUGCAGUACAAGAACCUUCUCCCACCCAUUCAACCAAAUUGAGAGUUCUAGGAUCAGUCUUGAUCUUGGUGUGGGCAUCAUUCCAUAUGCAAACAACAUCACAAAUGAAAAGCAUCAGUCUUUAGAAAUAGAACAGGUAAAUUAUCACGCACAAUCUAUCGACUGUAAUAGGUGGGUGGUGCAAGCUACCCCGUCAUCUGCAUCCACUUUAAAUGGAAAUUCACAACCAAGAAUCUAUGAGUCUGGAGACGGGGGUGAUGGAUUUACAAUUAAGACAACUUCUAUAAAUCCUUCGAGUAUGUAUUAUGCAACUGCUGGGAACUUGGUCAUGGGCCCAUGAUGACUACAUCAAACCAUGUCAGCAAGGGUCCAAGAAAAAAAUGAAAAUUAAAUGCUUUGGUGAACCAGUUCCACUGUAAUUUAUUUUUCUUCUUGUCAACCAAAAACUUAUCAUAUAUAUGUAACUCGCUUUCAUGCAUUAGUAGAAUUUCGACUGUUUCCGCUUUCCA